GUGUUCGGUGAGCAAGAGUGAAAAUCGCGUCUAAAAAAGCUCCUGUUGGACUGUCCGGCAUUGACAGUGAGUGGCGGCAUUUCGAACGGACAACACUUGCCGGUACAAAGCGCGCGCGAAGUUCCGCUUCCACUUCCGGUUUUAAAAAGAAGAUGAAAAAGCUUCAUUAUCAUUUGAAGUUUUGGGAGUUUCCUAAAAAUUUACUGUGAUAACUGUUACAAAAAUGGAUGAAAACCGAAUCCAACUUAAGGAUACUUGGAUUAAGUCGAACCACCAACCAGGAUACAGUGUAGUGCGACACGUUUGACCCAGAACAAGGACAUGACCAGCGCGUAGUAUCCUCGAACCCAUCGGUCUUUUUUUUCCACCGUCGACAUCAGGUUAUUGGUAGUGUGUGGAUGCUCGCAUGAGGUCAGCUAAUUAUGAUGUUGUCAUUUGGCAUGCAUCGAAAGCCCCCAAACGGACAAGGAUGACCACCAGAAGCCACAGUCAGCCAAUCGAAAAGCGGUGCACGCCCGGUGAUACUACAAGCUAUCAGUGAAAAAAGUGCCUUAAAAUAAAACUAGAACUGUUUUUGACACGAAAACGAGUACAACAGUACUUGAUAAGUUGUAUGUGAUUUCAAUAGUGGUAACAUAAUAGGAUAAUACGAAUGGAUCAUGGGUAUUUGUCUGGAUACAGACAAAGGCAACACCACACAGGAGGGCGACGAGUCGGACUGGAAGGGCGGUGGUGGAAGAGGCGACGACCCGUCCCAGCGCCGUUCCGCCAUCGUUCACUCGCCGACGCUGGGUGGUGGCAGCCCAACGGCCAACGGCGGCGGGAUGCAAAACAACGGCAAGGUGAAGUUCGACCCGCCCAAGGUGCCGGUCAUCUUUGUGCUCGGUGGUCCCGGCAGCGGCAAAGUGACCCACUGCGAUACGCUGAUGCAGGAACGGCGCGGCGUAACCCACAUCAACAUGAUGGACCUGCUGCAGCAGUAUGCAAUCGGUAACGAUAUGCAGGACUUCUCGAAGCUGCCGUCGCGGACUGUCACCGAGGUACUCAUGCUAGAAAUGAAAAUGUCACCAGCUGCCAAAACCUACCUGGUCUCCGGAUAUCCGCGCUCGAUGCGGGACGUCGUGGAGUACUCGGAAAAGAUUCAAGUAAUCAACGGUGUGAUACUGAUAUCGUGGCGCCAGACAAUCCUGCAGCGCCAAAUCGACUACGGUGCCAAACUUGGCCACGUGGUACUAAGUUUGGCAAAAAUGGAACUGGACAACUUCUUCAAGAACGUCAUGCCCGUGGCGGACUAUUUCGACCAGAGCGAUAUGCUGAUCGCGAUCAACGGCGAACGUGCCCCGUCCGAGGUGUACAAGGACUUCCGGUCCGCAGUGCUUGACAUCCUGGGGGCACAGGAGAACCAGGAGGCGCUGCUGAACGGAGUCGCAGGUAUGGGACGGGGCGUGGACGACAUUCCCGGCAGUAUAGUUAGCGUAGACACGGCACCUAGUCAAGCUAAAGUUAUUACAGCUGUUCCGUCGCAUCAAGUAGAAAUCAAUAGCCGGACGCGAACGCCAACGCCACCGCCACCUGUGCAGCGGCAGCAAUCACGCGUGGAACUACGACCGGGUAGCGUCGUUGAGCUGGGCAAACCAGGCCGGAUACCGCCGGUCCUCUGGGUGAUCGGUGGACCUGGUAGUAACAAAGCGACGCUUUGCUUGAAGGCAGUUGGGAUCAACCCUGGGUGGGGACACUUUAGCGUUGGUCGGCUACUGCGAGCCAUUGCCGAGUCGGAUCCACGUGUUGGGACGGAUAACUACGCUGUCAAGGAGGCCAUUACGGCUGGAGAAAUGGUUCCAAAGAAGUCGCUGGAUCGGCUUAUCGAGAAUCAAUUGGCUCAACUCAGUGACAAGAAGGGAGUCAUAAUCGAUGGAUAUCCGAGGGAUUUGAUGCAGGUUAAUGAUUUCGAGCAGAAGUACCAUCAAAGUCCCCCAAUCAUUCUGCUGGACUGCUCGAAGCUACAGCUCGGUCGGGGCCGGCUGGAUGACACCGUAUCUUCCUUUCGGCGAAGACUGGAACUGUUCCGCGAGCUGACGCUCCCGAUGCUGAAGGAAAUGGACACCGCCGGCCGGUUAACCAUUGUGGACGGCGACACGGACAGUCCCACGGUUCAGCGCGAGUUUGAACGCAUCGUGCGGGACAACAUCCAGAAGGUGCUCAAGCAGCAGGAAUCUGCGGGCAAUCGUGCCACCGAGGCCAUAACUCCGGUCAGAAUCGGAAACUUCAAGAGUGCCAUUCAACGGUCGCGCAAGUCGGCGGCCAAGAGUUCCUCCCAGCAGGACGCCAUCGUGCACGAUCUGGAUGCGGACGUUCCUGGGGUGGUGCCGACCAUCAGUCACCACGUGAGCCUAGCCAACGGACAUCUCGGGGGUGGAGGAGCAGUUCCGGUGGCGGCCAGGAAUGGGCACGUGCCCAAUGGGAAGCUUAAUUUCAGAAAUAUGUUGGACGAGGCGGAUCAUUACGAUUCGCACAUGUAAGGGUUUGGAAGAGAGAUGGCAGUACAAAUUGAGAAAUUCCUGUUGGUGAAAUGGAGAAUACUUUUUUUUUAUAUACAUCAAGAAAUAGUGUAAGGUUCACAUUACCAUCAACGUAGAAUGAUAGCUUUAAACAGAUUGAACAAGUUACCAAGAUUUUUGUAUUGGCUUUGUGCCAAAUGUUGUUACUGGUGAAUUUUGUUUCAUUAUAUCAUGUUAAAUUUCAUAGAGUUCGGAUGUAGU